CCCAGUCACUACGCGCGAACAUUGAAGACUGAGUGAGCCCGGAGUGGUUGACGACAACGUAAACAAAUCUGCGGUCGAGUUUUCGAACCGUUUAAGCAGUUUGCUGACUUUUGUUCUGAUCGAAUACGGCGUGUAUCUGAACCAGAGGCGAGCAAACGCUGUUACUACUGUUUAUAUCUGACCAAACAUGGUGGGUGAACUUAUGGACCACGAUGCUGUGGAAGAUGAAGCCUUCCCUCCACUUCCUCCACCGACGUCUCCUGGAAACGAAGAAGAAGGUGAAGUCUCUCAACUGGCUGACGUUCCUGAGGCCAAAAGGAAGUCUGUCAAGCGGCCACAACCCAAACUGGACUCAAACAGACUGACGUCGGGCCGAGGACUGCCUGCUCUGCGCACCUUGUUUGAAGACACUCCUUUUAGAGGUCGAGGACAUGAGCAGGAGGACCUGCGUGUGCUGAUGAGCCGAAUGGAGAACUGGGCGCAUCGACUGUUUCCUAAACUGCAGUUUGAAGACUUCAUAGAUCGCGUGGAACGACUCGGCAGCAAGAAGGAUGUGCAGACGUGUCUGAAGCGGAUCCGUCUGGACAUGCCGCUGAUCCAUGAGGACUUCGGAGGAGAAGAAGGUGGAGAGGAGCAGGUGGAGCCAGAGACGGUGAUGGAUUCGGAUCCGUUCAGCGUCUUCCCUGCCAACGUCCAGUGGGCCGUCAGCUCCACACCGGCACCUCAACCCGCGCCCGUGGUGUCCCCGGACCCGCCCUCUCUCACUGAAGAGCAACAGCACCGCAUGGAGAUGAACCGGAUGAAAGCCCUGGAGAGAAGACUCACCCGUCAGAAGGCCGCAGCUGCAGACCCACCAACAGUCGAUCCGAUGGUAAAGGAGGAAGCUGAGACCAUCAACGACAGCACAUCCCUCAUGGAGGAGGAGAUCACACCCAGCGUGGAUCCAUCCCCAGCUGAGAAUCCACCUACAUCAGGGGAGGAACCGGCCUGGAUGGAUCCCACCUCACCAGAGAAAAUAACCGCAUCCAUGGAAGAGCCCCCCUCGAUGGAACCCACCUGCUCAACGGUUGAUCCAUCCCAAGCUGAUAUUGAAGAACCCUCAUCGGUGGAUGCAAAGCCGCCCUUGUCGAUAGAAGACACCCCACCAACUGAGUCGUCCCCAGUGUUGGAUCCAUCCAACAUGAGGGAGUGAAAAGCAGGGGCCUGGAGUGAGAUGGCCAUGACCUUCACCUGGGUUCUGUGGGAACCAGUCGGCUCAGGGGGAAGUCUUGAUGGUCACAUGUUAAAGUUCUAUUUACUUGUUUUAAAGUGUUAAUAAAG